GGAACAAUUUAUGUUAAAAAAAACACUGGUGUUUUUAAGAAGCAUUGCUGUAAAUGUCCAGAAAUUAGCUAAACUUAAUUUAAACUUAAUUUUGACUAAAAACAGAACAUUGGUCACUAGUUUUUCUAGUCUCAAUCUAACCCAAGGCAAAUUCUUUGCAUUGUAGCCCUGCAUGCAAUUGUGAAGCUAAAGACCAUCCACUGAAUUUUCCAAGGCAUGUAAAACAAGGCAGUGGUGGCCUAAAGCUGAUGUGCAUUGAGCAAACAGCAUUCUCUCAGUAAAACUACCCUGGCAAAUAAAAAAAAUGUAAAAAUGCAACAGAUAAAACAACAUGAACCACCUCCCACACCUUGCAAAUAUACAAUUGCAUGCAAACAAGUCUAAUUACUGAUCAGUCAUAUUGAGUUCUCAUUAUCUUAAAAUAUAAUGGUGAGGAUUUCACUCUAAUUUUAGCACAGUACACAUGUUUACCUGGUAGCAGGUGAGGGCUGUUAGCUCCACAAGGGACCCUGAAGCUAAAGUGACUAAUGUUUAACAGAUUAGUAUGUUGAUGAUGAAUCUCCCCAGUAACACUCAAACCACGCUCAUUUUUGGCACACUGUACCUAAGGGUUUAUGAAGACUUAGAGUGUGACUUGCACUGCUGAUCUUUUGGAAUUUGAGAUAAUGCCCACCAAAGCCCAAGAGGAUGCUGUAAUUAACCUGAAGACACUGCAGGAGAUUUCCAUGCAGCUUGGUUUUGAGUGGACAGUUUUGGCGUAUGAGCUUGGCUUCAACAGAACUGCGAUAGGGCGGUUCCACAGCAAAUCUACAGAAAAGAGUAUCCAGGCUAGGACCAUGUUGGAAAGCUGGUAUGAGAAGUCAUGGGACAAGCCCAAUAAGACCAAACUGCUGCAAGAUGGACUGGAGCGAGCAGGCAGACGGGACCUGGCUGAGAGGCUGCACUGCCUCCACUGGGGUCACCAGAAGCUGAGCCGUAGGGUUGAGCUGCCCUCCGCCUUCCCCUUCCUCAUCACAGUCCACAAAACCAUCCACAACCAAGAUGCACUACGCAGGAUCAACGACCUCAACCGUAGAUACACUUAAAUCUGGGUAAAAAUGCACAUAGCGGAGGCCAUACCCAUAGUUCGUCAUUUACAAGCAUAUAGUCAGCUAUACUGAACACUGUAAGUAAUCUGAAAUAAAUGUACUGAAUGUCACUGAACAAACAAAUGAGAAGCAUGGGCCAUGUAAUGUCUAGAAAUUAAAGCUUUACAAUAAAGAUGAAAACCACA